CCUAAAGAUUAGCAAAAAAAAAAAAAAAAAACAAAGACUAGAAUUCACUUCCAAGAAAGUUCAUCGAACCUUUUAAGCUCAGAAGAGAGAGAAACACUUGACUUCACAUGUUUACAAGUACUAAAGCUCAAAUGGGUCUUGCUUCAAAAGAAGCAAUCAAUCAAUUCAAGGCCUUAAUGGAACAAGUUGAAGAGCCACUUAAAAGAACAUUCAAGAAUGUUCAUCAAGGACAUGUAGUUGAAACUUUGGAGAGGUUUCUUAAAGCAAGAGAAGGAAAUGUUACUAAAGCUCACAAGAUGUUGGUAGAUAGCUUACAGUGGAGGUUGCAAAAUGGGAUAGAUGACAUUUUGGCUAAGCCAAUAAUUCCUGCUAAUUUCUAUAGAGGAGUGCGUGAUUCGCAGCUGAUAGGAGUGUCGGGUUACACAAGAGAGGGACUUCCAGUGUUUGCUAUCGGUGUAGGCCUAAGUACAUUUGACAAAGCAUCUAUCCAUUAUUAUGUGCAAUCACAUAUUCAAAUUAAUGAAUAUCGCGAUCGUGUGAUUCUGCCGGCUGCAACGAAAAGGAGUGGAAAAUAUAUAGGCAAGUGUGUGAAGGUUUUGGAUAUGAGUGGCCUUAGGCUUUCUGCUCUGAACCAGAUUAAGCUGCUGACAACAAUCUCUACCAUUGACGAUCUCAACUACCCAGAGAAAACAAUAACAUAUUACAUAGUAAAUGUCCCGUAUGUAUUCUCCGCUUGUUGGAAGGUUGUGAAACCACUGUUACAGGAGCGAACCAAGUUAAAAGUAAAGGUGUUGCAAGGUUGUGGUCGUGACGAGUUGUUGAAGAUAAUGGACAAUUCUGCCCUCCCUCAUUUCUGCCGAAGAGAAGGGUCAGGGUCAAGGUCUGGCUCGUCUCGGCAUUCAACUGAUAUUUGCUACUCAUUGGACCAUCCUUUCCAUCAAGAACUUUACAGCUACAUGAAGCAGCAAUCAGGGGUCCGUGAACCAUUAGAACCAGCAAAACAAGGAUCGGUGCAUGUGGAAGUGCCCCUGGGAGAACCCGAGGAUGCAGAUUUAUGCAGAACUUUGGAAUCUGAGUUGAAGAAGCUCCGAACUCAUAAAAGUCUUUCCGAGUCCUUCACCGAUGUCAAGAUCAGUGAUUGACGUUUUUACACAAGAUGGAGAAACAUAUGAUUGGUUAUAUUGUGUUCUUUAGUUAUUACUCAUUAGUAGUUCAAAUUAUGUGGAUGUAUCUGUAAACGUAAAUCUGUAUGCAUCAUCUAUUAUCUAGGUGGCGGUUAGAUCUGACCCUAUGUAACAAUGCUAGACAUUUAGGUAGGUAUCACAAAAGAGAUGCUUAAAUCAGACGUAUUAAAUAUGUCCUCAUCCUAUUGCAUUUGCUUGUAUCACUUGAUGUUCCCUUUUAUGUAUAUGGAAUAAUACACAAUAUUCUAGUA